AUGUGCAUAUUCUUUGCGAAUAAUACCGUAAAUUUGUUUCGUGAUAUUUUCCCGAUCAUGGGGCAGGAGAACGACUUACCAUACAAGGUGGAAAGAAGCGACGAGCUCGGCCGGUACUUGGUGGCCGCUCGGGACCUCUCGCCUGGCGACGUGGUGCUCACAGAACGGCCGCUAGUGUUCGCACCGAAGGCGAUGAUGGACCCUGAGGCGCAGAUGCCCUGUGUUGGCUGCUACAAGCCCGUUUUCACGGACAUCGGCGAGAGAUGCGCUAAAUGCGGGUGGCCGGUCUGCAGUGGGAACUGUCCUGGUUUGACUGACCCAAAGCAUCACGGUAUCGAGUGCAACAUACUAAGCGUGCGCCCUGAAUGUGUACUCGACAACAUGGCUGACUACUACAGACACGACGCUUUGUUACCAUUGCGGUGCCUUCUUCUACAAAAAAGCGAUCCGGUGAAAUGGGAUAGUGUACAAAAAAUGCAAUCACACAUGGAAUGCCGUAUUCCGGGGACGGAGGCUUAUGACGAAGCCAAUGAGUUUAUAGUUGAAUAUCUCAUAAACAAUUUCAUCAAUAAACUUGGACAAGACUUAAGAAACAAAUAUUUUCAAGAUGUGUCCAAAGAUUUAAUUCACUCAAUGUGUGGCAUUAUCGACACAAAUGCUUUAGAAAUAAGACUACCUGAAGGGGCUGAGCUUCAAGCGCUAUACUCUAGAACUUGUAUUUUAGAGCACAGCUGUAAUGCACGCUUAAGUUUGUACAGCUCCGUACUGCAACACGAACUACACUCGGCUUUAAUUUUAAAGGCGAAAAAAGUUAAUAGUGACGGUAGUUUCAAAACGGUGGAAGAAAUUAAACCUUUACUUGUUGAUGCGAAGUCGUGCAUUGAACUUGCACUAGAAGCAUUAAAGGAUGACAUGGAGGAAACUUCUGGAAAGAAGCUGUACGAUGUCAUAGAGGGAAGUAAAAGAGAUUUUGUAAGGUUUUGUAAAGAAAAGAAUGUUUCAGUC